AAUCGAUGGAUGGAAUUCCAGGGAAUCAAGAACUGGGAAGGUCUUCUUGAUCCUCUCCACGACGACCUGCGCCGGGAAAUCCUACGGUACGGAGAGUUCGUCGAAGCCACGUAUCGCUGCUACGAUCGCGACACAUCAUCACCCGGAUACGCCACGUGUCGCUAUCCCAACUGCUCCAUGAUCGCCGACCACGCCCUCCGGGAGAAUAUGGGCUACACAGUCACCAAAAGCCUGCACGCCACGUGCGGGCUCGGGCUGCCCGCAUGGGCCGCGGGCAGGCUGCCCGCCUGGGCGUCGACGCGGUCGGCUUGGGUUGGGUACGCCGCCGUGUGCAGCGACGCCGAGGAAAUCCGGCGGCUCGGCCGCCGCGACGUCGUGAUCGCGUACAGAGGGACCGCCACGUGUAUGGAGUGGAUCGAGAAUCUUCGAGCCAGGCUAACCCAUCUGCCGCCGGAGGGAGAGAAUUGCGCCGCCGUUAUGGUUGAGAAGGGGUUUUUGAGCCUUUACACGUCGCGCCCCGACGACGGGAGCCAGCCGAGCCUGCGCGAUUCGAUUAGGUACGAGGUUAGGAAGAUUCUCGAAGAGUACACCGACGAGCCGUUGAGCAUAACGGUCACCGGCCACAGCCUCGGCGCCGCAUUAGCGAUUCUGACGGCGCACGACAUUACGACGUCGUUUAAGGACGCGCCGCUGGUGACGGUAUUCUCCUUCGGCGGGCCACGUGUCGGGAACAGAAGCUUCCGGCGCCAGCUGGACAGGGCCGGGACCAAGGUCCUUAGGAUCGUGAACUCCGAGGAUCCGGUCACGAAGGUCCCGGGGUUCGUGAUCGACGAGGAGGAGGAGGAGGAGAGUGGACACGUGGCGAGCGAAGGGAGAGUGUCGAAUUGGGUGCAGAGGCGCGUGGAGAAGACGCAGUGGGUGUACGCGGACGUCGGGGAGGAGCUGAGGGUGAGCAGCAGGACCUGCCCGGAUCUCCGGAAGGGGAACGUGGCCACGUGUCAUGAUCUGAAGACGUAUCUGCAUUUGGUGGAGAGUUUCGUGAGUUCCAACUGCCCGAUUAGAGCAACGGCGAAGAGGGUUCUGAAGCGGCGACCCGAUCACGGACAUGAACAACUUCUAUUUAGAUAAUUAAUUAAGGAAAAACCUUAAUCUUCUCGUGUAUUAAUAAUUCCUUUGUA